AUGAACUCGAAUCCUUGGGAAGUUUCGGAGACCGAAUAUCAGAAAAAUGUGCAACUAUUUAAUCAACUUUCCGGUGGUCAGCCAUAUAUGGAUGCGAAUACGGCGAGAAAUGCACUAAUGCGUAGUAAUUUACCGCCGCAGAUUCUGGCACAAAUUUGGGCUCUUUCUGAUUUGGACAAGGAUGGACGAUUGGAUAUCAGAGAAUAUUCUAUAGCUAUGAGAUUGGCGUUUAAUUGUAUUGCUGGAAUGCCUUUACCACCACAACUUCCACCAUCGCUUUUGAUUGUUCCAAGUAGAAGUGUACCAUUUCAGGUAUUGUUGGAUUAUGUUACUAGUUGAUGGAUUUUUAGCCAUUAUUUUUUAAAACUAAUUAAAUCAUAAGUUAUGAAAAUAUGAUUUUCAUGAAAUUCUAACAAGGAAACUUUAUCAGAAUUCUCGUAACUCAUUUUAAGAAUUUAUUUCAGCUCAAAUUCUAAAUACUAGAACAUAUAUAUUUUUAAAAAUAUCGACUGAAAUUCAAUUUUAGGCGCAAACAUUGCCUAGACCACCUCCACCUUCUCAACAUCAACAAUGGAUUUCAAAUAGUCGACAAGGAUCAAUUGAUCAAGGAACUCCAGAACGUAGAAUGUCUCAAAGUUAUCAACAACCAUUCGGAGCAUCUUAUCCCACAGCUCCGCCAGCUCAACGAAGUAUGUCAAUAUCUUCAGCUUCCGGUGUCGCUGCCAAUAAUGAUCGAGGAAUUUUUGAGGGACGACAACUUGAAAAUUGGGCAAUUCCUCAUCACAACAAACUUAAAUAUAGUCAACUAUUCAAUGCGUUGGAUAAGGAUCGACUUGGAUUUUUGAACACACAAAUAUCUAGAAGUGCUCUAGGUCUAAGUGGACUCUCUACACCUGCUCUUGCUCAUAUUUGGUUUUUGUCGGAUGUGAAUCGAGAUGGAAAAUUGAGUGUGGAUGAAUAUUGUAUUUCGCAAUUUAUGAUUGAAAUGUUUAAGGUUGGAUUUUUUGAAAUUUCUCUGAAAAUUUGGUUGAAAAAAUUUUCCAAUUUUUCGUGUUUCCAAAUUUGAGUCACAAUUUCAUCAAUAAUUUUCCAGGCUGGCUAUGCUCUACCACAAAUAACCCCUCCAGAACUCGUCAGAAUGUGUGGAAUUUCUCGAUCUGCCAACAAUACUCCCGAACUCGAGCCCGGUUCCGAACCACCACAAAAAACUCCAACUCUCAAAACUUUUGAAGAUAAACGACAGGAUAAUUUGGCACGUGGCCAAGCUGAAUUGGAAAGACGACGACAGGUUUUGGAAGAGGAGGAAAAUCGGCGACGAGCCGAAUUGGAAAAGAAGGAACGAGAAGAACAGGCGAGAAGAGAACGAGAGAGAUUAGAGAAAGAGAGACAGUUAGAGAUGGAGAGGGAGGCUGAAAUGGGUACGGUUUUUUUGAUUUGAGGGGGUUUUUUGAUUUUGAAAAUUAUGGAAACAUCGAUUUUUAUAAUUAGGAAAUUGUGCAGCUAAAAUUUGGAAUUUAAAUUUAUAAAAAUGGAAAAAAAACAAAAUUCUGAUUUUUGAUAAUAUAUCAAAUCUAUUUUCUGAAAAAUUAUGUCCUUCCGGCUGAAAUUUUGAAGUAUUCCACAUAGAAAAUUCAAAUGAAAAUAUUUCACUUUAAAUUUGGUUAUGAACUUUUUUCAGAACGUCAACGAAUUCUCGCUCAACAACGAGAAGAAGCCGAAAGAAUCCGUCGAGCUGAACUCGACAAACGUAGAGAAGAAGAGGAAAAACAGAAACAAAUCCUUGCUGAAAAAGCGAAAGUCAAGCAAAUGACAUCACAAAAACAACAGGAAAGUGAACGAUUGGCACAAAGACAGCAACGAGAAAAAACACUGUCUUUUCAAUUACAAGCUUUGGAUGAAAAAGCAACAGAUAUUGAAAUCGAUAUUGGAAAAGCUAAGGAAAAUGUAGCUGAAGUGACUGGAGGAAUUGAGGGAAUGAGAUCUGCACGGGAUGAAAAAGUUGGAAAGAUCAAGGAACUUCAACAAGAAAAUCAAAAAUUGGCGAUUGAAUCACAAGAAAUGGGACACCAGUUGCUGCAAAUGCAAAGUACUCACAAAGAAACAACAAGCAGAAAGAAUGAACUAGAAAAUCUGAGGAAGAAAAGAGAUGAGCUAAAGAGAUUUGUUGAAGAUUCAGCGACGAAAUUGGUUGAAGCCAAAGAGAAGAAUCAGGUUCUUCGCGAAAAAUUGGAAGAAAAUGAGGAGAAAUAUAAAAAUGAUGGAUAUGCGAAAUUGUUGGCGAAACGAGAAGAAUAUCGAAAAGUUUUUGAAUUGUUUGUGCAUGCUCAAACACAAGCUCGUAGCAAGUUGGAUCUUUUAAAAGCUCGAGAGCCUGAACCUGUAGCCCAAGUUGCAUCUACAAAUGGCUUUUCUGAAAAUCCGUUUGGGGCUUCUGAUCCAUUCGCAUCUGACCCAUUCCCGAAAUCUUCUGCCCCAACAUCAGCAAACCCAAAAAUCCCAAUAUCCGAGAGCAGGAAUUCGGUCAACUCUCAGAUUGAUAGUCAUGAAACUACAAAAUGCCGUGCACUUUUCGCGUUUGAAGCAAGAUCUGAAGAUGAGCUUAGUUUCGAACCCGGUGAUGUUAUAAUUGUUUUCCAAUCACAUAGCGGAGAACCAGGUUGGAAAGCGGGACAAUUACAUGAUCGAGUCGGUUGGUUCCCUGAAGCAUUUGUGGAGCCAAUUGCAAAUGUGCCACAAAACGUUAACGCACCGCCAAUUCAAAAUAUGCCACCAAAUAUGACACCAAGUUGUUCGUUGGAUCAGAUUCCGGAAGAAGCGCAGGCGCUGAGAAAAGCGGAAAUUGCAAAAGCAAUGGGAACAAAUGGAAAUAAUGUGGCUGGAGGUGUUGGUGAGUAUAUUUUUGAAUCAAAAGUUAUUUUUAUACAACAAUUUCAGAAGAAAACCUUAAAAAUUUCAAUUUUUGAAAUUCAAAUGUUUUUUUUUGACUAAAAAAUUGGCAAAAUGUUCCAAAUUUACGGAUUUAUCCUGGAAAGAUUUAAUUUCAAAAAAAAAACAUGGCGAUUUGUCAUUUUCAUCGCCACAUGGCAAUUAAACAAUUUUGAAUUCAUUUUUUCCGAAAACUCCUGUUAUUGUUUCAGUAGAACCCGUGUUGUGCCAAUGUAUUGCUCAAUUCCAAUGGCGUGCCAGAAAUGAAGAUGAUUUAUCAUUUGCAAAAGGAGAUACUAUUGAUGUGAGUUGAAUAUUGAAGAGAAAUUAUUUGAAAAAUACAUAAGCUAAACAUUUCCAAGAAAUCAAAUAUCUGAUUUUGCAGGUAAUCGAAAAACAAGAAAUGAAAUGGCGUGGCCGAAAAUCGACUGGAGAAUCUGGAUGGUUCCCAAAAAGCUAUGUAAAAGUUGUUGGAGCAGAUUCCAACUCACAAUCUGCUACACCAACUGAUACACCAAAUAAAACUGUCCAAUCACCAAGUUCAAAUGCUUUGCCACAAUAUGAUGUGGUUCCUGGAGCAAUUUCGAAUAAUGCACAAUAUGAUACGGUGCCAAAUUCAUUAGGUUUGUUUGUUUGAAGUUUUUUUUUAGCUUUCGAUUAGAAACUUUCUGAAUUCUUGAUCUUAUUUUCAUCGGAAAAAUUUUGGAACAUAAAAAUUGAAACAUGAAAAGAAAAAUGAAUAUUCUCCAAAACUAUCCAAAUCUUUUUUCAGGCUCCUCCUCAGAUGAUUGGUUCAUUGCCACUUAUGAUUUUGAAGCGGCCGAGCCAACCGAUUUAGCUCUAAAAGUUGGCGAUCGAAUUUUGGUGCUUGAGAAGUGAGUGCUUUUGACAUUUUAUUUUUAUUUUCCUUUUUUUCUUCUUUAUAUUUUGUUAUAUUUUUCUUAUGCCUAAAAGACAUAUUGACGGGUUCGUUUUUUUGGUGUUUGAAUUUUGGGCAUAAACAUUUUGAAGAAUUUUUAGAUCCAUCAAAAAUUUUUACUCUCAAAAAUUCCCCAAAAAUCACAUUUUUUUUCUAGAAAUGAUGAUUGGUGGAAGGGUCGUUGCAAUGGAAAAGAGGGAAUUUUCCCGGCGAAUUAUGUGGAAAAAGCCACGUCACCUGGAACAGCAGCAACAGAAGUGACGUCACCAACUUCUUCAAUUCCACGUGUCGCUGGUGAUCCACUUGUGAUUUGUCACGCAAAAGCUGUUGUUGAGUUUGUCGCAUCGGCACCAAAUCAAUUGGCAAUUAAAGUUGGAGAUUUGAUUAAGGUGAGGAGGGUGCUGAAAAUUGCUGGAAAAUGAAAAAAACACUGAUUUUUGGCUGAAAAUCUUAUUUUUAAAACAUAUUUUCAGAGAGAAUUGAAAGUUUGCAAAAAACACGUUUCGAUUCUUCAAGUUCGAAGCCUUGAAUUUUCUCGCAAAACAUCCAAGUGACAAAAUUUUAAUUUUUUUUGAAAAAAUGUUGAAAUUUUCAAACACUAAAAGAUUUUUCACGUUUUCUCCACGUUUUACCACAUUUCUCAUUUCUUUUAAUUCUUAAAAAAAACAUUUCAGGUUCGCGAAAAAAGUGCUGCCGGUUGGUGGGAAGGUGAAAUUGAACGAGGUGGAAAAUUGUUGGCUGGCUGGUUCCCGGGUGAAUAUGUGAAAGUUGUUGGUGAAAAUGGUGCUGGAACACCAAAAUUAUCAAUUUCUGGUCAAGGAACAGCUACUACGACUGCAAUUGCAUUGUUUGAUUAUGAAGCAAAUCAGGCGGAUGAACUAUCAUUUAGCACUGGAGAUUUGAUUGUGGUGGGUCUGAACAGGAUUUUGAAAUUUUCUGAAAACCUGGGAAUUUUGGAAUAAUUCAAUGAACUAGUAAUGGGAACUUUUGUUCAUUGGAAUUUUAAUUUUCUGAUUUUUAGAGAUUUGAAAAUGUUGAAUAUUGAAUCUUGCUCAAAACAAAAUUCCAAUUAUUUUUUCAGAUAACCGACAAAGUUGAUUCUGAAUGGUGGACCGGACACAAACACCAAAAUCCCGCCAAAUCUGGACUUUUCCCCGCCAAUUAUGUACAAUUACAAUAA